UCGUGUUUUGUGUCUCUGCCGCCGGAGGAGAGGCGAGCUGUGAUUUGUGGCGUUUAGCUUGUUUUUUUAAAGCAACGCGAGAUUUUGAUGAUCCCUUUUGAAGAAAAGGGGCCUUGGAUGUAAUCAUAUUUUAUGUUGUGUGUCGGACACACUGGAUGCGCUUAUCUGUGAUUACUCCCUGAAGCCAUUUGUUGAACAUCGACUGCUAAUGCUCGGCUAUGUGUUGUUGUCGGCUUGACGUGAGGAGGCUAGAAGGAGGCAAGUCCAUGACACCAUGAAUCCUCCAGCUCUGCCCGUGGUCUUCUGCUGUUGUCACAGGAAAAUCUGGCUGCAUUCAGCAGCCGGAGGCAAACGCGUCUCUGUUUUCCACCCGAUUAUUAUCUGCCCCUGGAUGAUGCUAUGGAAGGACAGGCAUAAUGAAUAGAUACACCACCAUCAGACAGCUCGGGGAUGGCACCUACGGCUCAGUCAUCCUCGGCCGCAGUCUGGAGUCAGGAGAGCUGGUUGCCAUAAAGAAAAUGAAAAGAAAAUUCUACUCAUGGGAGGAAUGCAUGAACCUCCGUGAAGUCAAGUCCCUAAAGAAACUCAACCAUGCUAAUGUGAUCAAACUCAAGGAGGUGAUUCGAGAAAAUGAUCACUUGUACUUCAUAUUUGAGUACAUGAAGGAAAAUCUGUACCAGUUAAUGAAAGACAGGACUCGUUUGUUUCCUGAAUCUGCUGUAAGAAAUAUAAUGUUUCAGAUACUACAGGGUCUCGCAUUCAUUCACAAACAUGGGUUUUUUCACAGGGACAUGAAGCCUGAAAAUCUUCUGUGCAUGGGCCCCGAGCUGGUGAAAAUAGCCGACUUUGGGCUCGCCCGAGAAAUCAGAUCUCGACCACCGUACACAGACUAUGUCUCGACUAGAUGGUACAGAGCCCCAGAGGUGCUCCUCAGAUCCACGACCUACAGUUCACCCAUCGACCAGUGGGCAGUUGGCUGCAUCAUGGCAGAGCUUUAUACCCUCAGGCCUCUUUUUCCAGGCUCCAGUGAGGUAGACACCAUAUUCAAGAUUUGCCAAGUCUUGGGUACACCAAAGAAGAACGAUUGGCCGGAUGGAUAUCAUCUGGCAAGUGCGAUGAAUUUCCGCUGGCCUCAGUGUGUUCCCAAUAAUCUGAAGACACUGAUCCCAAAUGCCAGCCCUGAAGCCAUCCAUCUGAUGACAGACCUGCUCCAGUGGGAUCCCAAGAAGAGACCAGCUUCUGCCCAGGCUCUCAGGUACUCUUACUUUCACGUGGGCCAGGCUUUGGGCACUCCUCAGCAGAUCUUGGAGCAGGGCAGACCUCAGCCAGGCCUUGUGCCGCUGCAGGCUCCUUUGCAGUCACAACAAAUGCUGCAGCAGCAGCAGCAGCAGCAACCCCUGCUGCUUAAGCCUGUACCCCCCUCCCAGCCUCCACCUCCCAACCAACACUGCUCCCCCUCCAGGCCUCUCCAGCAGAUCCAGCCGUCUCCUGUAUCUGCAGCUGCCCAGGCGGCAGCGUACCAACGGCAUGCCGAGCUGGUGCGAGAGCAGCAACCGAAGCACAUCCUGAAGCAGGAACAGAGUGAAGGAACGCCACAGAGCCAUCUCCCUUACAUUGUUGACAAGAGCAAGCAAAUGAGACAGGAGUCAGAAAAUGCAAACCUGCUGAGCUAUCAGAUGAAACCGAAAGGAGGGCGGCGGCGUUGGGGCCACGGCACAGGACACCUUAAGGCUGAAGACUGGGACGAAUAUGAAGAAACUGAUCUGUCCAUAAGUAUUCUUGGGAAAACUAACUACUCCGCAGGGAAGUCGAGGCAGGGGGAGGAUUCACUGAGCAGAUAUGGAAAUGUUCUGGAUUUCAGUCGACCCAAAGCAAAAGAGGAUGCACCUUUAAACCUGAACAAGACUGCAGCGUAUCAAGAGCCAUCAAGGACCGCCUCUGCUAAGCAGCAUUACUUGAGACAGUCAAGAUAUUUGCCUGGCAUUAGCACAAAGAAGAACGUGGCCAUAAACGCCAGCAAAGACUACACUGGAAGCCAUCUUUGGGGCAACAGUAGUAUUCCGUUUGGAGGGACUCUGCCGAGCAGAGGCACUCAUGGUACAAAUACAAUCCCAGGUGGAUACAUGCCGUCGUUUUACAAAAAAGACCUUAGCUCUGCUGGUCACAGAGGGCAUCAGGGUCCAUCAGUGGAGUCAACAGCAUCAAAUUAUGCAACAUGGCAGUCUGGACGGAGUCCGAUGAGCGCCUCUGCCAACCUGCCGUUGGCCAGCAAGAGCACCUCUGGUCUGCUGCCUCGCCCACCGGUACAGACCAUCCACGGACGAACAGACUGGUCUGCCAAAUAUGGACACCGCUAGUGCCCUCCCUGGAGCUCUGAUCUGUGACCUGGAAGAGAGCUCUGCACUCUUAAGAACUCUUUAACCUCCAAAGAGUAGGCCUAGUUGUUUUAUAAUCAAAAAAUCUGUACAUAUAUCUUACUCAGCAAUAUUAUUAUUUUUUUCAUUAUGUGUAUUAUGGAUGUUGUGAGUUGUUUAAAUAUCUAAGUGUUUGUGUAAAGCUACGUGCAAAUGGCCAAAAUUUGAGCCCAGAUUUGCUCCUCAGUGUUUUAUUUUGUAUUUCUGUAACAUAACUACUGUCCCUCAGAGGAUACACCCUCAGUUUUGUAUCAUUGAAUGUUCUCACCAACCUGUAUACAUAAUAUACAUAUUAUACGUUGAUGAAAACUCCACUGUGACUUGUUUUUGCCUGACUAAUUACUUUUCAUCUGUACAGUACAGUCUUUUUUUUUGUGUUUGUUUUUUAAAAACAUUUCUGCUGUUUUUGUUUUAUGAUAGUAGCCUUGACUAGCAGGUAAUUCAUGUUUUUUUAAAUGAAAUUCAAGGCAGUGUUUUAAUUUCAGUAAAAUACAUGGCAAGGUGUUGCCUCACUGUACAAACCUGAUUAGUUUCAGAAGUAAACAAGUUAACGCAUUCUACCCUCUCGGCCAAACUGAAUAUGAUUGUUGAAUUGCCAGUUAUCGACUAUAAUUAAACUUACCGAUAUGUUUAA